GGGAUAUAAACAACUGGCCGUCCGACCGCCGCAACACCAAGAAGGCGAAGAAGAGCUGCAUGUCGCUGUCUUAUAACCUACAUUAGGCUCAACUGUAGUGAGUCAGCUAAACUUUAACAAACUAAGGUAACCGAAUCAAAAUAGCCGUCGUUUGGAAACAGUGUGUAACACUUCCCAAGGCUGCACGGUGAACCUCUACGAGUCUUUGUUUGGGUAAACUCAGCUCGAGGUCAGACAUGAGGCUCUCUUCUACUCUCCUGCUCUGCUUCAGCACUGCCCUGGUCUCCUCUGCCUUUGUACUGUCACAGCCGCAUAUGUGGACCAAACUCAUCCUGACCCAGCAAUGGCCCAACACCUUCUGUAGUAGGGAACACUGCCAUCUCAACAUCAGCUACUGGACAUUACAUGGACUCUGGCCAGAUAAAGGGAUUGACUGCAAUUCAUCAUGGCAUUUCAACUCUUCUUUGAUAGAGGACCUGAUUCCAGACAUGAAAAUAAGUUGGCCUGACUUACUCCACCCGUCUACUUCCUCAUUCUGGAAGUACGAGUGGUGCAAACAUGGUACCUGUGCAGCCAAAGUACCCUCUCUCAACAGCCAGCAUAAAUACUUCAGCAAGGCUCUGGAGCUUUACCAUAAAGUGGAUUUGAAUAGCAUGCUGAAGAAAUUCAACAUCAUCCCUUCAGAGAAAUACUACUCAUUUUCAGAUAUUGAGACAGCUAUAGAGACAUUCUAUGGGGUGAAAGUUAAAAUCCAGUGUGUCCCUCCAUCAGCAUCAAAGGGUGUUGAUGUCCAGACUCUGGGUCAGAUUGAGAUCUGUUUCAGCCCCGAAUUCACCCUCCUUGACUGUGACAAACACAUUACCAUGGAAACCAUCGUGAGGGGUGACCAGGCCAUUCCCAUGGGUGUUCACAAGACAUCUGGGUUCAGUGUGUGUGACCAUAAUAUGCCUGUCUACUAUCCAGCUGUGCCUUGAGACACACGCAGGCAUGCAGCCACACACUACAGCCCCACUUUUGUACAAACACACACAUAUGCGGAAACAAUCAGACCUACUCUCAGUCCUACAUCCCAAAACACACACACACCCAUACAUGUACGGGUAUAUAGGAACUAACACUAAUGCUGUACUAACAUUCAUGCACAUUCCUUUUUCCUAGAAUUAUUGGAUAUGCUGGUUCCCAUCAGAUCAAUCAUGCUGUCUUCUUGGUACUCUAUCCCUCCUGUUGUUGAUUACGAACAACACAGCUUUAAUGACAGUGAUAUGUGAUAUACUUGAACUUUGCUUUUUUAUAAACUAGGAAAACCAGGGACACACACACACACACACACACACACACACACACACACACAUACACUCCACUACUGCAUUGUGUCUUUUCUGAUCUCCGCUAUUUGAUGAAUCCCACAGUGCACAUCAUGUUUCUCAGGGAUGUAGCAAUUGGUCAGAUAGACAUUUUAGACAUUAUGUCAAGUCUGGCGUAACAUUGAGCGCAAACCUUGACCCAAGUAUAUAAUUCUGGAUCCAGCGCAUUCUGUCUAUGGAGAAAAUCUGUGAGUUUUUUUUUUACAUAAUCAUCCUUGCCACAGUUUGUGAUUUAAGAAGGCAUUUAAAACUGUGACGCUUUUAUCUACACUUUUCUCUAAUGUAGGAUUUAACUGUGCUCCUGUCUAACCCAAAUAAUUCUUUUGCAAACAAAAAAGCAGACACUGCCAAGUAUGUUAAAUAUAUCACAGCUGGCUGUUCUGUGAUUAGUGUCUGUACUACAUUUCCGACUUGAGACAUGACAUGACAAACAGUAGAUUUCUCUACAGUCUGUUAUUGUUUGUCAAGGAUUCCUGUAAUGUAUGAAAAUUAAGAGGCCAACCACUUAGCCAUUAGCAAUUUGUUCUUAAAAUUAUACUAAUUGUUACAACAUUAUACAAAAUGUUUGAAAGUCUUUCUUUCUUCAUAUACAAACAAAUUUCCACGUCAUAAAUCAUUUUAACAACUCCAUUAAUUUAUCCCAUUGAUGAUCAAUUUUUUGAUCCGUAAGUCUCACAAAUGCUAACAAAUGAUGACAUCACAGGCCAUUUUAAAGCUUGUGUACGUAACUUUGUAGAAUGGGCAGAAAUUUGUGAAAAUUUGUACUCAAACAACUUUCUCAAACCUUCCGUCCACCUGAGAUUCAGUACCUCCUCCAAGUCGCUCCCACCCUCAUAUGAGCUCAUGCAUGUCACUCCGAUGUUGAUGAAAUAGGGAAAUAAGAAUUCGCACACUGGCUCCCCUCUCUGCCAUUUUAUAGCUACAGUAUUUUGACAACCCUAGCUACAGUUGGCAGGGCUAAGAAGGGAAGUGAGAGUACACAGCAGCAGUGCAUGAGGCGUGUGCACAAGAUGUGAUUGGCACGGGGGAAGAGACGCUUCCUUCAGGUCAUUGAUUGUUUGAGUCAUGCCGGACUGGUUUUUGACAAAUGAGAUUACAACCCCAGGACUAGCCGGGCAGACUGGAUUUUUUUUUUCUCAGUGCCAUUUAGCUUGGCUCAGACCCUCAGUGUACAAUGAUGACUUGUCAAGAGUGUGAAGGAGAAAUGUUACACAAGAUGGAAUCACACUCAGGCACACACACACACACACAUUAAUUUUAUUAUUAAUACUUAUGAUAACUUGUUGGUUGGUCUAUUGGUGCUGCUUGUUGUUUUUUUGUAUGCAAACUCAAUUAGUAUGAGAGGAAUAACUCAACAGUGAAAAUCUGAUGUAAGUAAUAGUUACAUCAAAUGAAUGCUGAAAUUUUAUUGCACAUUUAAAAAAAAAAAAAUGAUACCCUCUCUGACAUAUUGACUGCCGGCAUUAAAGUUUAAACAUUAUGGGUUACCUCUGAAGGAAUGAGUAAUCAAAAGACAUUUCCUUCUGAAAUUGUUCAUUUUGUGAUAACACAAUCAUGUAUGUUUUUUUAAAUUUGCCUCAUGAAUUUCAGGUAGCAUUUUUUUUCCUAAAAAUGGAUACCUAGUGUUUUGGAAUAAAACCCUUGAAAUUUA